GCUGUGGGGUGUGGUUAGACACGAAGUAAACAGCUGGUUCAGGCUGCUGUGCUAUGUAACAGGUUGUUUUUGCCUGAUUCGCUGUGGGGAAAUAAGGCGUCAGUGUAAAUGGAAUCUGGAAACCCGAUGGAACAAGUACUGAUAUUUGAACAAGCGUGAAGAUGGACAAGCAAAGCAAGCUGUCCUCUGCUGCUCGUGCUUCUGACUCUAACUACCAGAUGCAACACAGAAAUGGGCCACUUGCGUCUCACAGUACAUGUUCAAAAUGUCUGGUAUUGCCAAAUCCGUAUGUGUCUGACCAGGUUUCAAAACGGGAUCAGUCAGGUCUGAGGCCACAACAGAAUACAUCGAGCACUAACGGAGUGCCAACACGAGGAGGAGAUGUGCAAAAGAGUCAUGGCCACAGCAGCAGCCAUCUUGCCAAUGAUGACUUGCUGCAGAGACAUCGGUCCAUACAGGAUCCACAAAAGGUGUCAAAAUGCAAAAAUGCCCAUCCUGCUCAGGGUAGAAUUACAGGAAAAAACUUUGAUGCACAGAAAGAAGGUGUGCCAGCUGGUGCUUUGUCUCGGGACAAUAACUCAGGACCAGUAUUGAUGUCAUGGAAUAAUGUAGCAUCUCAGCGUCCAGCGAAAGCUGUCCCAAAAGAGAAGACAAUCAGCAGCACCCACAUGCAGGUGUCAAAAUGCAAAAAUGACCGUACUCAGGGUAGAAUUAUGGGAAAGAACUUCAUGGAUACACAGAAAAGAGGUUUUAGAGACACCCGGUCUGCUCCAAACUAUGAAGAGCCAAAAUCAACACAGACAAAAACAAUCCCCUUUGAAGUGAAAAUAGCUGAUUUUCCAGAGUUAGCUCUUGCUUCUCCAUUCAGAUCAUCCACCCCUGUUCUUCACAAAGAGUGCUGGGGGCCAAUCCCUUCAUCUCUGUCCCCUAAAUCUCAUAAGUCAGGAUCUGCAUGGAAGAGCCCAGUACCUGCAAGGACAGCAUCCUCAACACUACCCAGCUCACACAAAAGUGUCACGGAUGAUGAUCCAGACUCUCCUCAUAUCUCAUCAGGUCAGCCAGCUGUUGCUUUGUCUCAAGACAGUAGUUCGGGACCACUGUUGAUGUCAUGGACUAAUGUAGUGUCUCAACCUCCAAAGAAAGUUGUCCCUAAAGAGAAGCCGAUCAACAGCACCCACAUGCAGUUGGUUGAAACUGCCACACAGCAGGUAGGAGCAGUCUCAGGCCAGAAGAAACGAAAGAAAAGGAAGAAGAAACCAAAAGCUGGCAGUAAAGAUGUGGAUACUGAAUCAGAAGAGCUUUCCAUUCAUCAAGAACCUCCUAAAUUUGAGGAUGAAGCGGAGUUCCCAGGUUUGUCUUUCAGCAUGAGUGACAGAGUGAAAACCAGCAGCAAUGCAACAAAGCUAUGCAAUGAGGAGAACAAGAAAGAAGCAUUUCAGCAUCUGUCUGACAACCAGAACAAGGAAAAAUCACCAGCAUUAAAAAUUCUGCCCACAGACACAGUUACAAAGGGACAAAAACCAAAGAAAGUAUCUGGGAAAAAGAGCAAGGUCCCUAUUCAGCUGGAUUUUAGAAACAUGUUGACUGUGCUAGAAAAUACACAACAGUCAAAGGAUGACAAGCAAGAUGCCAAGCCAGUGGUUCUUUCAGUUGGUGGAGGGCUACCUGUUGUCCAAAAGCAGCCAUCACCACAGAAGAGGUUAUCCUGGAAGCAGGAUAAAAUUGCACACAAUGCUCUGGACUCCACCAGCCCUUUGGUGAAGAAGGGCAAACAGAGAGAAGUUCCCAAAGCUAAGAAACCCUCUCCCAUCAAGAAAAUUAUUUUAAAAGAAAGGGAGGAGAGGAAACAGAGACGUUUGCUGGAAGAGAGAGGAAUGCUUCCUGAAAAUGAGUUUCAACCUGAGAAUGCAGUUGGCAGUCCUGUAGUGGAGCUCGAGGAAGAUCAAAAAUCUAUUGGCACGGACCAGCUGGUGAGAGAGACUGAUGGAGAAACCGACAAAGAAGAAGAGACUGAAGAGCAACAAAGCGUCUCAGAUAUAGCGUACCCUGCUAAUCAAAGAAAGAUCCACAGCAGAAAGUUCAGAGACUAUUGCAGUCAGAUGCUGAGCAAAGAGGUGGACGAGUGUGUGACGUUGCUGCUAAAGGAGCUGGUCCGUUUCCAGGAUCGCCUGUACCAGAAGGACCCCAUGAAGGCACGUAUGAAGAGACGCAUCGUGAUGGGCCUCCGAGAGGUCCUGAAGCACCUCAAACUCAGGAAGAUCAAGUGUGUCAUCAUCUCUCCCAACUGUGAACGCAGCCAGUACAAAGGUGGCCUGGAUGAGGCGCUCCACACCAUCAUGGACACUUGUCAUGAACAGGGAGUGCCAUUCGUUUUUGCUCUCUCCAGGAAAGCUUUGGGUCGCUGUGUCAGCAAGUGCGUGCCCGUCAGCCUCGUUGGCAUCUUCAACUACGAUGGCGCACAGGAUUACUACCACAAGAUGAUCGAGCUGACGUCUAAAGCCAGAAAAGCCUACGAGAUGAUGGUGUCCAGCCUGGAGCAGACAGACCACGCAGCAAAUGCCACAGAGCAGCAACCUGAGCCCGGAGGAGGACACCCAGCCUGAUCCUGACACCACACAUGGAGAAGAACCAGAAUACAUGAGACUUUGGAAAAAAAUGUUUGAGAAGGAAUGCAACCACAAAUUUUUUAACUUUGAGGAGCAACUCAGCUUCAUGCAUCUAGCAAAUGAAAGUACAGAAGAGACUGAUGAAGAUGAGAGGAGUUGACAUUAACAAAGCUUUUCAUGCUGAAACACAAAUGCUCCUCAUCUUUUUUGAACAAAGUUGGACUGAAUACAUCCAGAAAAAUACCAGUGGGACGCUGCUGUGUUUGUCCUCACACGAUGUCAGAAAUGGAAUGUGAAAACAGAUUAUAUUUCCAGUGAAUUUUAUUUUCCUUUGUAAAUGUAAUAUGAUUUUGAACAGCCUAGUAAUAAUUAGCUGAUUUAACUACUGAAAUAUCCGGACCAAAAAAGUCACUUUAAAAGAUCCCACAAUCUGAAUUAUAAACACUGACACAUAGUGAUAUUUAGGA